UGUUUCGGACCGGAAGUGACGUCGCUGUCGGGCUCCUCACGUCGGGAUUCUGCAGCCUUAACGUGGUGUUUUCCGGCCCAGAGUCGCUGGUUUCGAGGGUUUAUUCGGCCGGAGAGUCGCCAGGAUGCUCAGAGUCAGCGGUGUGCUGAAGCUGGCUGCUCUGGUCGGAGUUUUCCUCCUGGUGGUGUUUCUGGCCUUCCAGCUGCUGGACAUCAACGACUUCAACCUGGGGGGGGUCAUGUCCAGAUCUUUGCCGGCGAACGUAGAUCCGACGAACCCGCUGCGGCACCGGUGCGGCCUGAGCAAGGACUGUCCGCCGGGACACCUGGCCUUCAAGAUGACGAGCGGCGCCGCCAGCGUGGUCGGGCCCCGGAUCUGCCUGGAGGACAAACCAUUAAUGAGCAGCGUGAAGAACAACGUGGGACGAGGCGUCAACAUCGCUCUCGCCAACGGUAAGACCGGGGAGGUGAUCAGGACGGCGUUCUUUGACACGUGGGCCGGAGACGUGGCGCCGCUGAUCAAGUUCCUGAAGGAGAUCGAGGACGGGACGAUCGUGAUGAUGGCCUCGUUCGACGACCCGGCAACCAAGCUCAACGACGAGGCCCGGAAACUGAUCUCAGAGCUCGGCAGCACCGCCGUCAGCAGCCUGGCCUUCAGGGACAGCUGGAUCUUCGUGGGGGGGAAGGGCAUCAAGACCAAGAGCCCGUUUGAGCAGCACAUGAGGAACAGCGCCGACACCAACAAGUUCGAAGGCUGGCCCGACGUCCUGGAGAUGGAGGGAUGCCUACCGCAGAGGGAGGAUUAGCUCUGGUCGCCGCGGCAACCAGCCUCA